GUGGAAGUCCGGCGGCAGCCGAUGCUCCCAGGCCGGAGCUGGCUUCGUCUUCGAGCCUUAGCAUGUUCGCCACAGGGGUCACCAAUGUGGAGGUAUGUAAUAACGACAGGAGAGGUCUCAGUGUCUCACUCAAACUUUAUUAACUGGUUCUCCAAACUUCACAUACAGUAAGCCAAAAUCUCCACCCCAGCACUUCCUUUCAACUUGGGUGUGAGUGGAGCCACCUGGUGGUCCGCCACAACGUUUACUUUUGACUGUGAGCAAUUUAUUACUACACUUACACACAGGUAGCUGGAAACACCUGUUUGUUUGUGUGUGUGUGUGUGUGUGUGUGUGUGUGUGUGUGUGUGUCUGUGUGUCUGUGUGUGUCUGUGUGUGUGUGUGUGUGUGUGUGUGUGUGUCUGUCUGUCUGUGUGUGUGUGUGUGUGUGUGUGUGUGUGUGUGUGUCGCUCAGUACUGUUGGCUCAACACACGAGGCAAACUGUGUAUUGUGAGUGUGAAUAGAACUCAGUGGCGGUACACAGGAUUAACAUAAGAAUAGUGUGUGGGUGCUGGAAGGCCAGCACUUCAUUCCUGUCACUCUGUAGCUGACGCGUUCUCACCUCUGCAUGCUGCACCUCCACAAAGCUGUGGCUCACCUCUGCUCUCCGCCUCUGCCGGUGUUACUUUAUUCUUUGACUGUUCAUAAUUUUCUUUACAUCAGUCCGUCUGGCUCUAAUUUUCCUCCUGACAGAGACUGAUGACAACAUGGAGGAUAACCACACUUUCCUGUACUUUGCAUAUGGUAGUAACCUCCUAAAGGAACGUCUUCAGCUGAAGAAUCCCUCUGCGACAGUACACUGUGUAGCCAGGCUCAAGGACUAUAAACUGGUUUUUGGGAACCACAAAGGCCUUGCUAGUGACCGGUGGCAUGGAGGUGUUGCCACCAUAGAGCACAGCCCUGGAGACGAGGUGUGGGGUGUGGUGUGGAGGAUGAACGUGUCUGAUCUAGAGUCUCUUGACAGUCAGGAGAACGUGACAUUAGGAGCGUACAGUCCUGUGGAGUUAUCAGUGAAGACAAAAGGCCAGGACCUCAACUGUCGCACCUACAUAAUGAACAGCUGUGUGUAUGCUCCACCAUCACCACAGUACCUAAAGGUGAUUGUAAUGGGAGCAGAACAGAACGGCUUGCCAAAAGACUACCAGGAGAAACUGCGAGCAAUCAAGACCAACAUGUAUGAGGGUCCCCUACCCAUGAUGGCUGAACUGGAGCGAGCCAGACAAAGAGCCAAAGAAAGGGUCAACCAUCGUUCUAAUGAUGCCUGAUUAUCCAAUGUAAACCAGGUCCACUUUUUUACCAUACUUUAUUGAUUAUAACACUGUAUUUAAGCAAGUUCGCCUUAGUUACCUGCAUGACCUAAUGGUUAACCUUAAAUAUAGGAGCAUAGUUUAUGAUUCUACUAGUCUCCAUUGUCAGCCACAGAUACAAUAGAAUAUUGAUGACUUUGUCGUCUAAUUUGCCAUUAGCAUUUACUGAAAACUUAUUACAAUACUCCUUAAGAAACAAUAUUACAUUUAUUUAUUUUAUGUAAACAGCUUUACCUUCAUGUGUUGUGGUGAAGAUAUAUUUCAGUUAAAAAAAAGUCGAGAGACUAUGGAAUCAUUCUAUGGUUGAAGAAGUGUUUAAGAAAAUGGAUGGAUGACAGUCGGUCUUCAAAAAAAUACAUAUGGAAUUACACAGAAACAUUUGUCUCAUAUUUACAUUCUUCAUACUGAGUGAAAUAGGUGUUGGUGUUGUGGGAAACAUUGAACCAAGUGCUGCCUGAGAUUGUGUGUAGAUAUCCAACAGUGUUACCAGAAAAGCUGCGUUUCUGACAUUAUAUUGAGAUGUGUUGUUAUCAAAUUAUCUUUGAAGCAUUUGACCACAAUCUUUUCUAACAAAAUAUAUUCUAUAUAUAAAAGGAAAGGAAAGAACUUUGAGUAAAGUGUAUGUUUUGUAUAUAUUUUAUCUCUCGUGGGAUUUAUAUAUUUCUUACUAUAGAAUAAAGCAUGAAGUAAAAAUUAUUUAUAAAAAAUGCAUGAAAAUUGACUUUUUUUAAAUGAACUCUUUUAUGAGUAAAUUAUAGUACAAAACAGUUAUACACACACACACCCAUGCACACGCAAAAUAUCGGAGCUGCAGAAAGGUGCAACAAAGAAGGUGCCUAAGCAGUACAGCAAGCUGCCCAUACCUGAAAUGUUGGAAACUGCCAAGCAAAGACUCACAGCCUUAGCCAGCCGCUUGAAGAGGUACACCAGAGAGAUCGAAGGCAGGAGAAUGAACCAGCUGUUCUCCGAAGAACCAGCCAAGGUGUACUCUCAGUGGCAGGGGAACAAUAUGAGAACAGCACCACCAAGGCUGGAAACAGAGUAAUACUGGAAGAGAAUAUGGGAGAAGGAUGCAACCCAUAGCGACAAUGCUCAGGGGCUAGUGGAUCUAAGAGCAAACCACAGCAACCUCCCUGUACCUACCAGUAACCAUCACAGUGGCAGACAUCCAAGAAAGGGUCUCCAGUAUGAAGAGUUGGACGGCACCAGGCCCCGACAUGAUUCACCCCUACUGGCUGAAGAAGCUGACUGCACUCCAUGAGCGUCUGGCAAAACAAAUGAACCAGUUGCUAGUUGACGAGAGACACCCAGAAUGGCUAACUGAAGGCCGGACAGUCCUGAUCCUCAAGGACCCCCAGAAGAGAUCGGCCAAUAACCUCCCUCAGUAGCACAUGGAAGCUCCUGUCAGGCAUCAUAGUGACUAAGAUCAAUAGGCACAUGGGUCAAUACAUGAGUGGGGCACAGAAAGAGAUGGGCAAGAAUACCAG